AUGUCGUCGCCGGAGCCUGAGAGUGAGAGCACAAUCAGGGCUAGCAGUCAGAGAACUGAGCUCUUUUUAGGUGCCAUGGCAGAGAGGGCAGGCGACGUGAUCGAGGAGGACGAGGAAGUCGAAGAGGACGAACAUGGUCAAAGUGACCAGCGAUCGAAUGAACUGAUGUUCGUGAAAAUGAAAGCUGAAAAAGCGAAUCGCAAGAGAAAGUUCACCAGGUGUCGCAGAGCCGUGAUCGUGGCCUUGCGUGACGGAGUUGAAGAGGAAGCUGCGAGGUCGUUGUUUGGCGAAUUAGAAAUGAUCGAGGAUGCCCUGAACGGUGUGUUCAUGGACGUACUCGAGUGGGCUGGCGGCAUGAACGAUGCGCUCGCAGUGGCUAAAGUGACCGAUGAGAUGGAGGAAGCGGAGAAAGAGAUGAAGGAGGUCACAAGGCUGUAUCAGGAGUUCCUAGAACACCAGCCAGCGUGGACGGCUGCACGGAACAGCCACCCAGACAGGCCAGCGUAUCAUCAGUAUGCCCAGGCACCAGUGGAAGAGCCAGGAAGUCCACUGAGCGUGAUAUCGCUGGGCAGAAGUGAAGGCUCCCAGGAUCGGGAUGAGCCUGGUGAUGGCGUGGCGCUGGUUCAGGAGAACCAGGCAAGAGUAGAAGACAGUGAUGAAGUGGUUGUGACCACAAGUGUCUCCGGCAGUAGUAACAGAGAGGCAGAGCUUGGGGCUAGAACAAGGCCACCAAUGGAAGCUGGGAGUAGGAGGUCAGAGCGUGAAAGAAGCCCUGCCUUGCCUGUACUACAGCCUGCUGUGCCAACACGGAGUGCUGUAUGUGUGUCCAGUGCAUAUACUAGAGUGAGUGAGACCAAGGCCCCUCAACUUCAAGUCGCGAAGAGUCCAGGCCAGCAGGGCAGUAGUACUCAGGCUCCUGUGUCAGGACUACACCCUACAUCAUCUCUGCCAUAUCAGUCCGCCAACUAUCUGUACACCCAGGCCAGUGGGCCGCCACAGGUAGCCUCAAGUCAUCAGGCCAUGGGCAUUGGUGCCUUUUCAGCAUUGCCAGGAGCAGGUGUGUCCGCCAGCCACCAGCGUGCUGUGUCUCAGCCUCCACCUGUCAAGCAGCCAUCAGAUGAAAUUUUCAAGCAACUGAAGGCUAUACAGAUCCCAGUCUUCGGCGGCGAUAAGCAGGCGUAUGCCUCAUGGAAGGCUGCUUUCAUGGCGUGUGUUGGUAGCUCGUCUGCAAGGGCAGACUUGAAACUGCUGCACCUCCGGCAGUAUUUGAGUGGAGAUGCCUUGGCUUCCAUCGAGAGCUUGGGAUACACCCCGUCUGCGUAUGAGGCCGCAAUGAGGCGGUUAGACCGCAAGUUUGGAGGCGACCAACGACAGCUGUCGCUGCAGUACGAGCAAGUCGAGGCCUGCCCAAUCAUUCGUUCCGGCCGAGCAGGAGAUCUCCAGAAGUUUGCAGAUCUCCUCGACGUACUCGUGGUCAACCUCCUCGACUCCGGAAAAGGCAAUGAGCUGGGUGAUGGGCUGUUGUACCGGAAGCUCCUGGCCAAGUUGCCGGCUGGGAUGUUAACCCAAUUCAAUCGAUGGUGUCAUCAGAAGCCCUGCCAGCCAGGAAUUCAAGCACUACUGGAGUGGGUGACGUUGGAAGCGGAGUUUGCCGUUGGAGCGUCCGAAGCACUAGAUGGAGUUGGUGCGAAGGACAAGCCUCCGGCACCCCGAAAUGCUCCUCAACGAUCCUACUUCGGGGGAAAGGCUUCGCAGAAUGCAGGGUGGUCAAGGCCUGCGGGCUCAGCGGCUGGACGAUCUUCAUGUCGGCAAUGUGGCGGACCUCACGGUGUCUGGCAGUGUAAAGCAUUUCAGCAGCUUUCCGUCGCCAAUCGCUGGAGACAGGCUAAACAGCAUGGUCUGUGCUACCGCUGCCUUGGAGGCGAUCACCAAGGUCACCACUGUCCACGAACCAGACCCUGCUCAGUGAGCGGCUGCAACAACAAUCACCACUACUUGCUACACCGGGACUUGCUACACGAGGACAGCAGGAACCCCGAUGCCGCACAGUCAAACAAGAAAAAAUCGGGGAACACGGCAGCUGGAGGAAUGACGGCGGACAAGUCCCAACUCAGUCCUGCCGAACAAUUCUGCAACUAUGGAGACAAUGGUUCAGGUCAGGAGACAGGGGACCAGGUAUUGCCUCCCGCCAUCGACUGUUUAGUAACGCCGCCAUACGCCGGUAAAGACCAAGAGCAGCGCACCCCACAGUCGUUCACCGAGGGGGAGACGGAGUCCACGAAGAGUGAUUCCACCAUGAUGGUCCAAGGCCCGGGCAAGAUAGCUCUGCGAACGGUCUCAGUCGUCUUGGAGAACGGCCACAAGUCAGUGCAAGUGAAUGCGUUGCUGGACGACGGUAGCACAACGAGCUACCUCAACGGCAGCAUUGCCAACCAGCUCGGCGUCAGCGGGGAGCUGAGGACAUUCACGGUCCACACCUUGAAUGGCAAGCAGACCUCAUUCACAACCAGACCAGUAAGCUUCACCAUUGGCAGCAUGGAUGGCAGUGUUCGGCAAUCUAUGACGGCGCUGACGGCUGAUUCGGUCACCGGGAAUCUUCGUCCGGUAGAGUGGGUCAAGGAAGCAGUCAAGUAUCCUCAUCUGAGAGAGAUUCCGUUCGCAAGACUGGCGGAGCCCGCCAGGGUCGAUCUGCUGAUUGGGAGCGACUAUGCUGAGCUGCUUGUGUCACAGCAGGAAGUGGUCGGCCCGCCUGGUCAACCAGUGGCGCGUCAUACUCCACUGGGUUGGACCUGUGUUGGCAGAGUGACGGGAACCCACUCGAGUCAAAGGACGUUCCACAGCCAAGCGUUUCAGAGUGAGGAGAGAGCAACACCAACCGGCUUAGAGACCGCGCUACAGCAGUUCUGGCAAAUUGACAGCUGCGGCACGGAGGAGAGCUUCAGUGAGCCCGGCCCGCGCUCGCUGGAGGAAGAGACAGCCCUAGACAUCGUCAAACACUCGCUGAAGAAGGUGGACGGUCGGUACCAGGUGUCUCUGCCGUGGAACAAUCGCAAGAGAGAAUUAUGCAACAACUUGGGUGCGGCUACGAAACGUCUAGGCCACACCGAGCGCAAGCUCCUGAAAGACCCAUUCGUUGCCCAGGCUUAUGGCCAAGUCUUCCAGGCCUACCAGAGGAACGGCUAUAUCCGUGAGCUCGCGAAGGAAGAGCUAGGUCAAGAGGUAUGCUGGUACUUAUCCCACUUUCCCAUCGUCCGACCGCAGAAGACGACAACCAAGGUGCGGAUCGUCUUUGACGCUGCAGCAUCCUGUCAUGGCCUCAGCCUCAACGACGCCAUCUACCCUGGUCCGAAGCUCCAACGUGAGUUGUUCGAUGUGUUGACCAGGUUUCGGCAAAAGCCUAUAGCAGUGGGCUGUGACGUGACCGAAAUGUAUUUGCAGGUGUCGGUUGCGCCAGCAGACAGGAAGUACCUCAGAUUCGUGUGGCGGGACCUGGAUCCAGCCAAGCCUUUACGGCACUUUGAGUUCAACCGCCUGGUCUUUGGCGUCAAUGCUGCACCAUUCAUCGCCCAGUAUGUUGCUCAGCAGACAGCCCGGGAACAUUUGGCGUCUCAUCCCCUGGCAGCAGAAGCUAUCCUCGCGUCCACCUACAUGGAUGACACGAUGGACAGCACCAAAGAUGUCGAACAAGGUCAGAUUCUUCAUCGGGAGCUAAUGGAUCUGUGGGGUGAGGCCAAGAUGACGCCGCGCAAGUGGGUGUCCAACUCGCCCGAGCUCCUGAGGGUAAUUCCAGCCGAGGCUCGCGCUACCCAGCUGGACUUAUCCCAAGGAGAGCUACCAUCCGUGAAGACGCUAGGAGUGUCAUGGGACGGUCAGGCAGACUGCUUCUUCUUCAGCGUUCAACCGCCAGACCUCACCAACCAACGCAUCACCAAGCGAUUCCUCCUAGCAAAAGUCGCGUCCGUAUUCGACCCGUUGGGGUUUCUGGCACCGUUCGUGACCCAAGCCAAGAUCCUCAUGCAAGAGAGUUGGGUAGCUGGUAUUGACUGGGAUGAACCGGUUCCAGAUGGCAUCGACACCAGCGCUCGCCAGUGGUUCAAUGACCUGGCGAAGCUCAGUUUAGUUCGAGUACCAAGAUGUCUCAUCCCGGACGUGGCCAGUGGAGUGACGCUGCAUGUUUUCUGUGAUGCGUCGAGUGUGGCGUAUGGUGCCGUGGUCUACAGCUCCACCGUGCAGUGUGGCUCUGAGGGAAACGUUCGUCUCGCUGGAGCCAAGAGCAGAGUGGCGCCGACAAGAACACAAAGUAUCCCCCGGCUGGAAUUGCUGGCGGCUGUGCUUGGCCUUCAGCUGGCCCGGAAGUUCAGUCAGAUAACUACUUGA